GUCAAAAUAUUCACAACAAUCGUGCAGCAGUUCAGAAUAAUUGUGAUUUUUAAAUUUAUCUAGGCUAUGUAAUCUUCCUAUCAAAAUGGUGAACAAAUUGUGGUCUAAAGUUGACCCUCCUCUCUCAAAACCGGUGCUCAACUGCAUACAGAAGCAGGAUUUUAGUGCGAUGACACCGAUUCAGGCCGCAGUUAUUCCUCUUCUAAUAACUUGCAAAGAUGUUGCGGCAGAGGCUGUGACGGGUUCAGGGAAGACCUUGGCCUUCGUAGUGCCUAUGCUGGAGAUGCUUAUGAAGCGGGAGAAGUUAGAUGGCCCUUUACGGAAAGACUACAUUUACGCUCUCGUCAUCUCGCCGACGAGAGAGCUAGCUGUGCAGAUAUUUAAGGUUAUAGAGCAAUUUCUCCAAGAGCCAGAACUAGCACACUUCACUAUUUCCCUGAUGGUGGGAGGUCGCAGUAUUGAGACUGACGUAGAGAGCCUGAAGAAUGGAGCACAGAUUGCAGUGUGUACGCCUGGACGGAUGAUGGACUUACUGACAGAGCAGCGGAACUUGAACUUACCUAGCAGGAUGAAGGAACUGGAAUUCCUAGUCCUAGAUGAAGCUGACAAAAUCCUAGGUUUUGGCUUCCAAGGCACUCUGUCCGCCAUCCUGCAGUACCUUCCACGACAGAGGCGCACUGGCCUCUUCUCCGCCACCCAGACCAAAGACCUCCAGGACCUCAUCAGAGCUGGCCUCAGGAACCCUGUCAUAGUCAGUGUGAAAGAAAAACCUUCCAUAAGCACACCGAUUCUGCUCGAAAAUUAUUACGUCAUCGUAGAACCUCAAGAUAAGUUCUUGUUCUUAUUGAACUUUAUACGGAAUCGGAAGAUGGUGAAAGGUCUUUUCUUCCUGCCCACUUGCGCGUGCGUCGAUUAUUGGGCGAGUGUGUUGCCAGCGUUCUUGCCUGACAAGAAGAUAUUUGCGAUUCAUGGAAAAAUGAAGCACAAUAGAAACAACAUAUUGGAGAGCUUCAGGAAAACAGAAAACACUAUUUUGCUGUGCACAGACUUAAUGGCAAGAGGCCUAGACAUCCCUCAAGUGGAGUGGGUGCUCCAAUGGGAGCCUCCCACGUCCCCUGCUGCCUUUGUCCACCGCGUGGGGCGCGCGGCCCGCGGCGGCGCCGCCGGCUGCUCGCUGAUGCCGCUCCUGCCUACUGAAGACGCGUAUGUGCCCUUCAUCAGGACCAAUCAGUUAGUGGAACUGAAAGACUGGAGGGAGUCGAAGGACCAGAUCAAGAUCAGUGACAAGUUGAAGGAUAAGGUGCUGUCGCUCCUGCACUCGCAGCAACUCCGCGAUCGGGCGAUCCUCGAGCGUGGAGCACGCGCCUUCGUCUCCCACAUACGAGCCUACUCCAAGCACGAGUGCAACCUGCUGCUGCAGCUGAAGCAGUUGCCGCUGGGACACAUCGCGGCCAGCUACGGCCUGCUGCGGCUGCCAGCCAUGCCUGAGAUUACGCAGGAGCACAAAGACCAGUUCGUGGGGCCCAAAGAGAAGAUAGACUUCGACAGCAUCCCGUACUUGGACAAGCAGAGAGAGGCGCUCCGGCUGCAGCGGCUGGAGGAACAGAAGAGGACGGGCGUGCGGCGGCCGGCUAAGCAGAAGAAAAAGAUGGUAAAAACCACGCCAUGGGCGAACGCCAAACAGAACAAAGUAGAACGCAAAGAGCGGAAGCAGAAGAGAAAAGAACAGAAGCAGAAAGUGGAAGCGGCCGGCAAGAAGCGAGCGAAAAAGCGCAAAGCGGUCACGGCAGAAGAAAUAGCAGAAUUGGCCGAAGACGUCGCGCUGUUGAAAAAGCUAAAGAAGAGAAAAAUAACAGAAGAACAGUUCGAUAAGGCGUUUGAUCUAGAAGCGUGAUGGCUGUUUACAUUUGUGUACAGCUUUCUUAAACAAAGUAACACUCGAGAUAGUUUUAAUUUCGAAUUCGCUACAAAAGAAAUAGAGUGAAGCGUUUCGAAGUUAAACUGUCACUGUCAGUUUUGUCUAGGGGAAUCGUACACAGUGCAGAGACAAAGUGACAUAAGUGCUAAUAGAAUGUUUUUAUUUAAUAAGUUUUAUUUGACUGUAACAUAAAUGAAAAUGUGUAUAUUUUA